AUGGCAAAACUGCAUAGGUUUGUGAAACUCAACGACCGUUUCGACUCCCAAGUGUUCACGUUUGCGUUGCCUGGCAAGGUUGCCACGGAUACAACUUCGGACACGUUUUCCAAGGACAUUAUCUGCGGCUACCACAAAUGGACCGUCUCCUUCAUUAAGAACGACUUACACAUGGGAUGCUUUCUGAAAUGGUUAUCGACGUGCCUCGGAAUGAAGUGCCAAAUAGAUUUCUCAUUCACUUUGCUCAAUCGUGAACAUUUCACGAGAAACGAAACGUUCAUAGAAAAAUGCUGCGUAUUCACAACGGAAUCGAACCAACACGGCAGAAAGACAUUUGUUGGCCUCAAUGACUUAGUUGAGAGAGAUUUUGCCCAAGUUACUGGCGAUUACCUCAUAGAGCUUGAGAUGCGCAAAGUGAAUUGCGUAUUUGAGAGCUACAUUCGACUUCCCCGUGAGAUACAGUCGCGUAACGCCUACGAGACCAAACUGGAGUCGGCGUAUUUCUCUUUCGGCCUGUUCGACUGGAGCAUCUCGCUCAUUCCAAGCGAGGGCACCAUGCAGCAGGACGAGAGCCUCACGCUGCAGUUACACAGGCACACCAGCUUCGACCACAUUUGUAAUGUCAGAUACUACAUCAGUCUUGGCGAGAACGGCGGAUUUCAUUCAGAAGAGCUGGAUCAGAUGGUGGACAUAGCAGGCAAUGGCGAGCUCUACAUCAUUGGAGGGUCACUGCAGAAGCUGGCCAAUGGAAGAUCGUCACUGAAGGUCAAGGUCACCAUGGUCUCCAUGGUGUCAGUUAGCGAGGUCACUCUUAACGUUGCAAGUAAAAGCAAGAAUCGGGCCCAUUUUUACGACAAGGAUAAACAGGCAUGGUAG